AAUGCAGCCGACGACAGUCGGCUUGUGCUCAGCAACAUUAACAAUAAUUAUUAUUGUAAGUCGUUCGGCGGUACUAUCGGCUCUGGAAACCGGUUACGUUCGCGGCACCGAAGACGACGACGCUGGCCGCCUUAAAGAUUUAAAAUGCGCGUAUCUGUUCAGCGGGCUGACGUACAUGCGACUCACUAAGUUGAUGUUGGAAGACCAAAACAUUUGUACUAGCAUUGCGGCGGGCAUGGUUUACACUGGCUACAACAGCAAAACGAUAAUAUGUACGUUGUACGACAACGAUUCGGACGAGGUGAAAAUCGGUUCGUUGUGGAUCUUGCACUUGUACAUCCACACGAUGCCGAACUAUCACGAAAAAGUACUUAUGAACCAGCAGGACCAGCGGGCUAGAUCACAGGCUAUCGACAAUCUCAUCGGCACCCAUAGUUAUGUCAUCGAGCAGCUACAAAAGGACUCGGCUCGUUGUCGCCAAGGCAAUACGUUUGACACGUACCGCGACUGGCACGCGGUACACGUUAUGCAGACGUCUCCAGGUGGGAAACCCGGGUUGGACGAGUUACAGGGAGCGAUACUGAGAAACUACUUUGGCACCGAGAAAAUGUUGAAAACCAACAACGCACAGUCGACAUUUGGGCGGAGGUGCGAUGCGUUGAAAUCCAGACAGCUGUUCAUGAACAAUUUGGGCGUUGACAAUGAAGCCAAAUCGAAUUUGAUGUACGCGUACAACGUGCAAGUGAAUUGGCACCAUACCCACGUGUAUCUCGACUAUUCUUGGACUUACGCGCACAAACUCUUGUGGCACAAAAACAGCCUGAAAAACGUCAAAAGGUACUACAACAUGCAUAUCGGCUUGUUGAAAGUCAUUAUGUGCCGGUUAACGUGGAAACACUUGUUGUAUGUUAAAGAUUACACCGGUACCAACCGAGUUAAAUACUUGAGAAAAUGGUACGAUUUACUGAUCGAUUUCGAAACGAUGUUACGUAUCGACGGCGAUCCUCACAUAAAGUAUUUAACCACUGCUAUGUAUACACUGGCAAAGGCCCGGGAUAGCAUAGUCAACAUUAUAUACAAUCUUGAGGAAAUUCUGCACGACAUAACCAGCUGGUUAGAAUGCGAGGCGACCAAUCCAAUGACUUUGGACGGCCGAGAAUUUGUGCAAGAUUGCAUGAGUAAGGAACAAUUUUCUAUAACCAAACACUAUCUAAAGACAUCCAGCCGUAUACCAAUCGAACGCAACAGUCUAGUUAUCGCCAAAACUUUUCUAUGUUAUCUCAACGUGAUAUUUAAAAACGUCGAUUUCGAUGUAAUUCGGUCGCUCACGGAUUAUAUCGACGAAAUUAAUCGGUAGGUAAAUAUUUAUUAUGUCGU